AUGCAAAAUAGUUCACUGUUCACAUUUGUAGGCCAGAUCAUACUAAAUGGAAGUGCGAACGAAAGUUUUUACUACUAUCAGGAUUUUCCAAGUAUCCCGGAUGAACCUCUGUUUCACCUUUUAUCAAAAUUAGAGCAAUAUGGAUUACCUACUUUAUUUACAGUCGGAAUUAUUCUAAAUGUUUUAUCUGGAAUAAUUAUAUCAAAAACAGAAUUGAUAAAAGUGACGCCGUUUGUGUAUCUUAUGGCCUUUUCAGUGGUUGACUCCAUGUAUUUACUAGCUAAGAUUGUGCCGUGGGCGUCAGCAAGAGUUUACAAUGUCUAUGUAAUUGCUGGAAUAUGUCAAGUUUUCUAUUAUCUGUCAUUUCUCACCAAUUUUCUGGAAUGGUGGAUAACAGUUAUGUUAUUAUGCGAACGUAACUACGUUCUAUUCAGACCGGAUAAUUCAAGAAAGUAUUGCAGUCCAUUCCGCACUAAAUGUGCUUUAAUUGUCAUAUCAGUCUUUGCAAUAGUCUGUCAUUUAUAUUUGACUUGGACAAGUGCGGUCAUUGAGCACAAUGGUAUGAAAAUGUGUAUUGUAAUUCCCGAGAACGUAGAGGAUAUUAAUGUUCUGAGGAAAAUCGAUACUGCUUUCUCUUUCAUUGUUCCAAUUUUCGUGACAUUAUCUUUAAUUGUUUCUGCCUUAGUCAAAUGGGCUAUCGGUCCAAGUAAAGCUAGAAGAGAUAUACGUGGAUUUAGUUCAGCGUCUGUUGUAAUCAGACGACAGUCAAACGAUUACCAGAGUAUUAAACAAAAGCCUGAAUAUCUGAUUGGAUUUAACCCUAAAUUAUUUACUACAAGACGAAUGAUAACUUUCAAAAUCAUUAUUAUUGUUUUGUUUAUUCUUUUAAUUUGUCUUCCACAUGAUGCACUGAAAGCUAGGCUGAUACUUUUAAAUGGUGGCCAUACGGCUACACCACAAGAAAUAGGAUGGCUUCGCUUGAUGAGUGAAAUUUACGCUAUAAAUUUUGGACUGAAAGGAGUUUUAUAUUUUAUAAUAUUUCCAGAAUUUAGAAUGGCCGCUUGGAGGCUGAUUCAAACUAAUGCUAUUAUGCUAGAAAGGGUAAUGAUUGAUUGA